CCAGCUUCCUCUCUCUCUGAGGAACACUUUCACUUCCUGCUACUCCAGGCCUCCCUUCGGAGAACAGAGGCCAGACCAUGGCUUGCUGGCCUCCCGCAUCCUGAGGAUGGCCCAGCCGGAGGAUGAGGCCUCUGCAGGCCCCACCGUCGGGGAGAGACGGGUUCCACCACAGGUGAAUGGAGCAGGUGAGACCCCCAUAGGGGUCCUUGGGACCCCAGAGCCACUCCUUCGCCUAUGGAGGACGUGGGGGGUGUGGCAGAUCCCAGAGCUGGAUACUCAGGAUGCAGAAGCCCUUCUUGAGCUGUGGCCACCGGGGAGCUUCCUGGUCACAGGACAUGACCCCAGCCAGGUCCUGGUGUUGAGGACAGGAGCUUCACCAGGAGAAGUCCACACCUACCAGAUCCAGAAGCUGCCUGGAGGUGUGUCUCUGGAAUAUUCUAACCUCUGCAUGCCGGACCUGCCCCAUCUCCUGGCCUUCCUAUCGGCCAGCAGGGAUGUUUUGCCCAGAACACUGCUCUUGCCCCCUCCCACUCUAAGGCCUGGAGACCAACACACAGGUCCUCCCCAGACUGGCAGUGUCCACCUCAACAUCUCAGAGAGGGUGCUGUCCAUGGUGAACAAGCUCUACCUGGAGACCCACAGAGGGUGGGGGAUGGAGCAGAUCCCCCCGGAGACACCUCCAGAAACUGCAGAAAGACCCAGUUCAGCCCCCAGGAACCCUGCCCCGCACCGGGUCUCCUGGGUUGAAGGCCCACUCAGCCCAGAAGUGCACCAUCCUGGGCCGGCUCUGGCCAGCCUGGCGGAGGAGAAAGAGAAGGAAGACGAGCACGAGAACGAGGGCGACUACGAAGAUGAAGAGAACAGCCCUGGCCCCGAGGAUGUGCUCACCCAUCACAUCCAGGCUCUGGCCAGGGCCCGGGGCAGCUACGUGGGCAGGCAGUUCCAGAGCCUUAGGGCGCGCCUCACCUCAAAUGCCGGAAGCCCCCACAGGCCUGGGGACCCGGCCACAGAGCUGCUCCAGGACGUGCGGCACCUCCUUACUGACCUCCAGGAUCACUUAUCAAAGGACCCCGAUGUCAGGGCCGUUUUGGAGAGCAGGGGGCCUGGGGCUCCCCAGAAGGACGACCAUCUUGGCGCCGCGGUGGAGGCGGCCUUGUGCCGGGCGGUGCUGGCGCCCCUGAAGCCUGCCCUGUGGACGCGACUCCGCACGCUCCGAGCCCAGGAACUGCGGCGACUGCAGCAGCGCCAAAUAGCCCUGCGGGCGGGGGCGGGGCCUCCGGGACUCCGCGGGGCGGGGCUCGAGGGGCAGGGCCCCGCCCCCGCCCUGCGGAGCCGCAUCCACGCGCGCCUGGCGCACCUCCACGCCGCCUGCGCCCCACGCCGCAAGGUGGCGCUGCUGCUGGCGGUGUGCAGUGACGUUUACGCGGGCCUGGCUCAGGCCGCGAGCCAAGAGCCCGUGGGAGCCGACGCCUUCCUGCCCGCGCUGACGGAAGAACUGAUCUGGAGUCCGCACAUUGGGGAGACGCAGCUGGACGUGGAGUUUCUCAUGGAGCUGUUGGAUCCGGAGGAGCUGCGGGGAGAAGCCGGCUACUACCUGACCACGUGGUUUGGGGCGCUGUACCACAUCGCUCACUACCAGCCCGACGCGGGCCGCGCACCCCGGGGGCUCAGCUCUGAGGCUCGCGCCUCCCUGCGCCAGUGGCACAGCAGGCGGACGCUGCGCAGACAGGACAGACAGGGCCACGCCGGAGCGCAAGGGACCGUCCCCCCGGACUGCGGGUGGAGGGGAGCGCCGGACCCAUUGCCUUUUUGACCGAGGCUCCUGCCCCUCCCCACGGGUCAGCCUGCCCUUUGAGGAACCAGGGCAAGAGACCCUGUGCCCAGAGACCAGUGAUGAUUAGGGGCCUCAAACCCUCCAGCUCCUCAGGCAACAUUCUGGAGACACCAGGUCGGCGCUAACUUCUGACCCCUGGUGGCUUAGGUGCAGGGAGGAGGAGGGGUUCCCAGGAGCAGACCCACCUCCGGUUUGCCCCUCCUCGUGGUGGGCAGAAUAAUGUUCCCCCAAGACGGCCCCUUACCCAUCCCCAGAACCUGUGAAUAUGUUACCUUACAUGGUCAAAGGGACUUUACGUAUGUGACUACAUUAAGGAUCUUGACCUGGGGAGAUUAUUCUGUAUCAUCCUGGGGGCCCAAUAUAACCUCCACAGUCCUUACAAGAGGGAGGCAGGAGGACCAGAGUCCGAGAAAGAUGGGAUUUUGCAAGCGGAGGUCAGAGUGAUGUGGCCAGGAGCCAAAGUAGAGGCACCCUCUAGAAGCUGAAAAAAAGUGGAUUUUCCCCUGGAACUUCCGGAAGACUCGGCCUUUGAUUUUAGGCCCAAAGAGCUAUUUUGAACUUCUGACCUUUAGAACUGCAAGAUAAUAAAUUUGUGGGGUUUUUGACCUGCUAA